AUGUUUAAAAUUCUUUUUUGGAAUGCUAGAGGUGCUGGAAGUGAGAAUUUUAGGUCUGCCAUCUCAGACUUAGUUAGACUUCACUCUAUUGAUAUUUUGGCUAUUUGUGAGCCUCGUGUUCAAUUUGCUAGAGCUAGUACUACUCUCAAUAAUCUUGGUUUUUCUGACUCAAGAGUUAUGGAAGCUGAGGGUUUUUCUGGUGGUCUUUGGUUGCUGUGGAAUAAAAACAAGGUUAAAGUGGACUUCAUCGAUGAAAACUUUCGGUCUAUUUCUAUCAAGAUCACCCUUACUGGCAAACCUGCCUGGAUGCUCACUGUGGUUUAUGCUAGCCCAAAUCAUACUUCUCGGGCCUCCCUUUGGUCUUACUUUGAUAACCUUGCUGCAAAUAACAAUCUACCUUGGAUGCUAAUUGGUGAUUUCAAUGAGUUGGUUUCUAGUGUUGAUAAGAAUGGUGGAUCAUUUAAUGGAAAGUUUGGUGGUCUCAGAAAUUGGAUCAAUAGAAAUGCCAUGAUUGACAAGGGAUUCCAAGGCUCCUGUUUCACUUGGAGUAAUAACAUGGUGAAGGAAAGAUUGGAUAGGGGUUUCUGCAAUUGUGCUUGGAGAGCCUUAUUUGAUGAAGCUUUUACCGGCACCUCCCCAAAACCAGGUUAA